CCCAAAAUCGGGUAGGUGUGUCAGGGCCUUAAAGGAUUGUGAAUUGACUUUUCUCUCUGUGUCUGCAGGGAGAUGCUGAAGCUCUUCAAAUCCAAGAACAGAGUUCCAAAAGAGCCGCUGCUGGAGGACUUCCUGUCGGUGUGCUGCAGCGAUGGUUCCUCUCAGAGAGCCGUGGAGCUGGUCCAGCUGUCUGCAGCCUUCUGUCUGUCUGCUACACCCAAACUGGCCAAGAGAACCCUGGCUGAGUUAGAUCUGACCGAGGAGCAGAGAGCCGUUUUAUCUGAGCUGGAGUCGACAGGAGAGUCCUCAGGCUGAAGGAGACCUCUGGGCCCAUCCAUUGAUACAAACAUCUCACAAUUUCAUAGUGUGUUUCAUUAUCUGUGUGUUAAUAAACUAAUGUAUGUAACAACAUA